AUGAGCGGAGUCGAUCAGUCCUCUCGAGACAAGGAUCAGGAGCCAGCGAAAGCAUCUGCUAGCCCUCAAAGUGCACGACAAGGGUACGGAGCACAGUUCUUGGGGAUCCCCCAACCCAUAAAACGCGUGUUCGACAGAUUCCCGCUUGUUGAGUACGAAUCAAAUCCUUUACCUGGUAGCUACACAGCUUCUAGAGAGAAGAAUGUACUCUACAUUUUCAUUUCAAAGCUUGACGCGGGAAAGGGUCGGCCAUCAUAUAACCCAGGUUGCUUGAAAUGGCAGGCAUACCUCCGUUUUCGAGGUGUGGACUUCGUCACUGAGCCUUCAAAUAAUCAUGCCUCUCCAAGCGGGGCGCUUCCAUUCCUGCUGCCCUCACGCUCAAUAUCCGGCACUCCCAUACCUUCGAACCGACUUCAGAGAUGGUGCAAUGAGAAUGCGCCUACAAACGAUGGGCAUGGCAAUGCAGACCAUAUGAGUCUUCGUUAUGAAGCGUAUAUGUCUCUUCUCGACUAUCGGAUACGCAAUGCAUACCUACACAGCCUCUACCUAUGCCCUGAAAAUUUCGCCUCCAUCGCGCAGCCGCUCUAUGUCGAUGGUUCAACAUCCAAUAUGCUGCUCAGACUUGGCCUAUCCCAACGACUUCGUCAGACUGCUCGUUCCGAACUGCUGAAACAGUCAUCCGUGAUUGACGUUGAGGCUUUGUAUAGAGAAGCACAGUCGGCUUUCAGCGCUAUAUCUGAGCUCCUAGGGAACGAUCAAUACUUCUUCAAUGAGGAAAGAGCUGGCUUAUUUGAUGCCGCUGUCUUCGCAUACUCAAAUAUACUGCUGGAUGAAAAGAUGCAAUGGGCAGAAAGACGGCUUGUUGAGGCUCUUGCAAAAUGGCCGAAUCUCGUGAGGCAUCGCGACAGAAUAUUGAGGACCUAUUUUAUCGCCGAGAAAUAA